AUGGUUGAACGCAUUGAGCUCGACGACAGCAAUACUCUACGCAGCCGUGCAUCUUCACCUUCAUAUUCCUCGUCUGAAGCCACAGUAUUGGACGCCACCGCCUCGACACACGUCUCUGAAACGGCUAACCCAGGACAUACCCCCAGCCUUUGCGCGACUCCCGACGAACCUAGCGCACAUCCACUCGCGAACGCUGCCACCCCUUCUCAUCAUGUCGCAUUACCUAUCCAUGACGGCGCCGUACGAUACGGAGCUGGAGACAACACUAUUGCAGGCACAGAUUAUGAGCCCGUGUCGCCGGAGGAUGUGAUGGAGCGCAGAUACUGCCAAAGACACUGCAUACCACAGAGCCGUCCUGAAGAAAUCCAAACGAUUCCGCCUGUGAAGACAACUUUCGCAUAUCCCGCAUUACCACCGGGAUGGACUACUUGUGAACAUCCAGAAGGCUGCCGAUACUUCCGCAACAACGCCCAGCGUCUGUACACUGAUGCGUGGAUCCACGAUCGCACGACCUUCGAAAGUAUUGAAACAUUGGGACGACAGAUAUGUCACGACCUUCAGCAGAGAGACGAUGUUCCAGAUGGUACAGAGAUUGUGCUCGAUGUCUAUAAGGAUGAGAACGGACUGCAUCGGUCGUACUACCUCGUCCGUGAGGCCGACCGAACCAUCUUCUGGCUGCAUGAGGUCGACGUCGUAUUGCUCAGUCGAGGCUCACGGCCUGUCUUCGACGAGUCCCAUCUAAAACAUGCGCAAGAAGCCCAAUACUGGCUGCAUGCGGGACUAUUUCCAAAUGACCGCGAUAUCACGAAAGAGCUCUUGGAUGAGCUCGAAGACUUGAUGAUCCAUCAGACAACUGAUGCCCAUACGUCCGAGACGUCAACCGCUCCGUACGGUGCGGAUGAUAUGCGUAUUCAUUUAGCGACUUUCAAGCACAGUAGACCUGGGCAACGACCGGGCUCCUUCUGUUCCUUGACCAAAAUGAUGUAUGUUUUAGCUUCAGCAAGAUUCAUGAAUUACCACGGGCAACAGUAUGCUCGUCUAGAUCGUGACCGCUCCGUGUAUGAAGGCUCCGAUGAACCACACUCCUACAUCUUUUUGAUGCUGUCGCCGCUGCUGUUCUACACGCCAGAUCUGUAUAUUGAGGAGCUUGAAAAGGUCUGGGUCGAGGAAACUGCUCAUUACCAGCCAUGGAAUAUUUUCGUGUCGAGUUUGCAAAAGGACUGGGAGAGCGCGAUCCUUCCUGCGACAGUGCUAUUGACUGCCAACGUCGGCUUCUUGGCCAUUCAAAGCGAGGAUACAGGGCGGCCUUCACGAUCAGUCGCUCAGAUAACGAGCUACCUGUCUACUUUCCUCAGCUUAGGCAACAUUAUUAUGUGCAUCAUCCUAUCAAGGCAGCAUCGAUCCAAUGCGCACGGCACUGCGACUGAAGCCGCCACCUACUUGUCAGGGCGAAGUCAAAAGAUAAUGGGGCUGGAGUUACUUGCAAUCACGUUUAGCCUCCCCGGCGCAAUGUUCCUAUGGGGUAUGCUGUUUUUCUACGUGACCAUGUCUUGGGUAUGCUUCCACGAUACGAGUCCCGCCACAAGUGUCUCAGCAGCGAUCGUCCUGACGAUCAUUGUUGGGCUUACGCUUGUUGUGGUGUGUAUGGAUUGGCGUACGGGACCGCCGGAGGAGGGGCUAUGGAAUAGGCUUUCUGCGAGCCUAAAACGUGCACUGAAGCGGAUGGUACAACGCCGGAGAGAUCUUGCUUUCCCCAGGAAGCCACGCUUGCCCUGGUGGCAGACCCGAAGGAUGCGGCGUUCAAGGCGUGGGGCUGUCAAGCAGUCGGACGACAUUGUAUGA